AUGUCGAAUCAAUCGAUUCCCUCAGCGCCUCAGUAUUGGGGGGCCGACUAUACGCAGCAAUGGACACCGCAACCACCGCCUUCAUUAGGCCCUAUGCCCCAGAACCUACACUUCAAUCCGGAUGCCUCCUCGGAUACGCAACAGUAUUAUAAUCUUCAUACAUUCUAUGCGAAUGCGAACCUUCCGGGACUCGGAGGUGCAGGCGCAACCAAUACUUUCCCGCCGCCGCCGUUCGCUUUCCCUGGCACUUUCCCUCCUGCAGCAGCGCCGCCCCCAUUUGCGAACAUGCCAAACUUGGGGUAUCCUUUGAUGCCAUUACCUUCAAACUCUGCGCAAUUCCCUCAGAGCCAACCGUUAAUGCACGAAAUAGAUCGUUCCACACAAUCUAAACCGCCAGACCUCCAGCCGAUGUCAACUACAAAUUCGAAUCAGGAUUUGGACCGGGAAGAGGGUGAAUUGACGGAUAUCGAAGGCCCUGCGAUGGGUGGAAAAUCUCAUUCGUCACCGAGCGCCCGAGAUUUACGACACAACCAAUCCAGCAGCCAUAGGUCCCAUAUACCUGGUGGCGCGGGGAUAAAUCGGUCGCAGAUGCGACAAUCUCAGUUUACCGGCCCGAAAGGGGUCCACGAUAAGACUGCGCGAGACGCCAUUGCCUCUACGAGCCGCCGCGAGUCGCUGUCCGAACUUGAAGAAGGCGAGGCUUCACCCGAACCUCGCGCCUCUAGUAGAGCCAGCGGAUCCCCCUACAAUCCCCACUUGCCAACAAACGUCAUAUCACCGUCGAUAUCGAAAUCUUCACCGAAUGCUAUGAAAACAACUAGUAAAGGACUUGGCUCCGUGGAACAACUAGCUCCCGCCUCUACCGAAUCCCAACGAUCUUCCUCAACUGCUGUUUCGCUUGCUCAACUUCGAGUACAAGCACAGGGAGCCCUGCUUAGUUUGGCGCCGCAUAGCAUCCGUUAUAGUGAGCUCGUGAGCGAAGGCAUCAAUCCAACAAUACUGAAGCAGCUCUAUGAAGAGGUUGGCAUCAAGGUCCCAACUACGCCGUUAUCUGAUGUCUAUACCAGGCCAGCUGCCAACGAGGAUGUUUAUUCGAGUGCUAGUCCAUCCGUCGCCAACGGAGACGCAAAGCAGCCGACUCAGCAAGUUGAACCUCAAGUACCAGCUAGGCAAAUGCUCACACCCAGUGAGCCCAGUUCCACGCCACCAAAAUCUGCUCCAGUCAGUGCCAGAAAACCUAUGGAGAGAAAGGAGGUCAUCGCGCGAAUGCUGGCCGCCAAAGCCGCUAAGAGCUCUCCAGCCUCCGCGCCGCCACCAUUUGCUACACAAACGGCAGACGUUUCUCAAAGUACGCCUGCAACAGCCGAAAAAUCCACGACGUCAACUCCUGCGCAAGAUCCAAUGGCGAAUGAAAAAGAAAACCGCUUGAAGGAAAAGAACAAGGCGCAAACUGAACUUGCAAGGCAACGUAUUGAACAGCUGAAAAAGCAGGGCCUCAUGAGAAAUCCCCAGAAGUCGCAAUCGGAUUCAGACAAAGAACAGGCAAAUGUCCAGGAAUCGCCGCAGCCGCAGAACACCAUCGUCCAACACCCUUUACCGGAACGCCCUCCCCUCCCGGUGUCUACCUCUCUUGACCAUAUUCCUGGUUUAUUCAUGACAGAGCAAACUUUGCCAGCGACAAACGGUGUCAACGCUACCCCUGUUCAAGAGCCAAUCCUCGAGUCAGCGACCCACAGUCGCUCCAGCCAGCGUAAACGUCCUCGCGCGUCGGACUUCGAUGACGAUCCCAUCCCCAUCCCUAAAAGAACAUUCAGCAAUGGUACAAAUCACCAGAUCGCCCCCGAGCGACUUGUGAUUGAUAUAAGUGACGAUGAAUUUUACGACGAUGACGACGUUAGCAUGGACAUUGACACAACGUCAACGGGCCUUUCAAAGAAUUCUGGCAUCCAGGCUGCAGAAGGAUUGCACCGAGCAUAUCUAUCAGCGGCUGAAAGCCUUCCUCAUCGCCCGGCCACGUCCCAGAGCUACGGGAUUUCCUCGUCCUCAACACCUAAUAAUAAUAAUAAUAGAAACGGUGAACAGGACGAUUUGCGGAAGAAGGAUCUUGAGAUUCAAGCCAUGCACCGAAGGAUCGCCGAACUCGAGCAAAGAAAGAAGGCAAAGCUAGCCAGUCGUACUCAAUCCCCUCGAACUUCGGACUUGUCAACACCCGAAAUCGCUAGCAUGCCCGCUCCAUCAAUGCUCCCAGCAUUGCCAAUUGUCCCGAACAAGAACGUGGAGAAAGUCCUGGCUUCCAUGGACAUUGAUGGAAUGAGGAAAAUGAAAUCCAAGAUUUUACGCAUGCAGGAAAUUGAGGCAGGCAUUCCUUCGCUGGAUGCUGUAAUACAAAAGACUGAACUGAAACUUGCCGACGCAAGCAAAGUACUAGAGGAGCUGGCGUCAGAGCUAGCCAAAGGCAAAGACGGACGACAGCAUCUUCUAGACGAACUUAAUGCUCUUAAAUCGGAGGUCCCUGUCAUGUCGCUUGACGAUGUCAAUGCGGCCCUGAUUAACAUGGAAGCAAAGGAAGAAUUCCCCGUCGAAGUUGUUCAAGGUAUGCUUCGGAGAUUAUCGAUCCCCGAACUUCAACAAUCGAUCACAACAACUUACAGUCACGCUAUAGCUCCUGCCCCUGCCAAUGAGGUGGCAGAUGAGCGUAUCACGACAGUUCCCGAUGUACCUGAGACUGACGCGCCAACCCAAGGAGAUACCACGCCAGUUCCGCACGCCGACUCCGCGGUUGCGAAGACCCCACCCACUGAAGGUCGAUCGGAUGUCCCUAAUACCACGGAAGAUACCGCGAUCCCCGCCGCGCCCGUCGAAGAGCUAACAGAUACUUCCAUGUCUGAUGACUCCAGCUCUUCAAUGGACGAGUCUUCGGAUGAAUCAGACAGCGACUCGGGUUCAUUGAACGAGGAGAUGCCUGACGCGCCGAAUUACGACGCGAACCAAGUUGCAUCUGUUGAUGAGGUAACAAAUAUCUCUUCAGGACUUCCGAACGAGCCAGAGAAGUCAGAGAUUAACGAUGAACCUCUCUCUGAAAACCAACCCCCCACUACCCAGCCCACAACCGAUGAAGACCUAGGUGCAGACUCCGAGAAUCUUGCUUCUCGAGAAUCCCCUGUUUCAGACGCCUAUGAGCCUCCCGAACCCGAAGAAUCUGCUAAUGCUUCUGAUUCGAGUUAUUCCCCAGCACCCAGCCCUGAUUUUCAUAGUCCUGCCCCGCAUAUGGAGGUCUCAGGGUCUUCAGAGGAUCAAUCUCAAGAAGCUGGUGAGCUACUAACCAAGAAAAUCCAGGACUUGGAUUUCCAGCAGCCAAGCCAAUAUUCACAAAGCCCUUUGGAUAACACACGACGCCCUGAAGACUCACACCGUAAACUUACACCCUACACUAGCCCACUCAAGCUGUUCAAGGCGUAUCGAUAUCACCCAAACUACAAUGACAAUGUUGCCGGCGGCUAUCGCUCCCUAACCUAUAGCCAUAACAUUGAUCCUCUGAAGCAUUUCUGUCCCUAUGAGACUUCAGGGGGUGUCUGCAAUGACCGUUCCUGCGAAUUCCAACAUUUUCGGGACAUGGCUCUUAGCGGUGCGUCGAUGUCUGAACCACCAUUUGCACAACUCCUGGUUGGACAGAAAGCUCGCACCUUCUGA